GAGGAUUAGCGCCAAUUUUUCUGCGCCAGAAAAAUUCCAGUGGUUCUCACACACUGACACAGUCCUGUGCAGUGAAUCUGAUUGAGUCUUGUGUUGUGAUAGGAGCUAGUAAGUCGAGGUGCAGAUCGGGGAAGAGAUUCGUUGCCUUGCCAAGCUGUUAGGCAUUUGGAGAGUAGGUAGUCUGCCAGCUCGACUCCGCAAAUUGCGUGGAUCACGCCAUUUUCAUUCAAUCGCCUUUGUUUCAUCCUGUCACGACUCACGUUGCUGCGGAUCAGCUGAGAGAGAGAGAGAGCGUGCCCGUUUUUGAGAUCGAGAAAAGGUGAUUCUCAGGCGAAUCAAAAUAAAACGAGAUCGUGAUGAUGACAAUGGAUACUAAACCACCUGAACGUGAACUGGAGGGCAUGAGUCACUAUUGGAAUAGUGGCUGUGUGAAUAACGGAGGCCAACCAUACGCUACGAAUCUGUUGUCUUCGAGCGCUGGCCAUUGUGUGGACAUAACGCGGCAAGGAUCUGAGGACUUGCACGACGCAGGCUGCGACAGAGAUGUGGACUGUAGCCAGACGCCACCACCGGGAAGGAAACCUGCCGCACUUGCCAAAAGAAACUUCUCCACGGCAAGCUCAACUGGCGAUGAUAUUACAGACUGCGAAAGGGAGAUGGAGGCACGAAGACAAAAGCGUAUCAAGGCCAAUCUGAACGAACGCAAACGCAGCCAGGGCAUCAAUGACUGCAUCAAGGAGCAAGGUGUCAGACUGCAGGAAAUGACAGACCUUGAUGUCAGCAAGCUAGGAAAGAAAGGGAUCAUGCAAGAAUUCACUAAAUGCUUUGAUCAGCUUGUCGGCCGGCGCAAAUUCUCCAAGGACGUGCUGGAUUUAGCUGAGCGCCUUGUCCAAACUGGCUAUCCCGCACAAGCCAGUCAAGCUGCUGCCCUGACACCGUAUCAAGCCUGCGUACCGAGCAACCAACAGCAACACGGCACUCCUGUGAACGCUGCUCCGGGUAUGGCAAGCUGGCCUGUUGUUAUGAAGACAUCAGCACCUGGAGCUGCUGCUGCUGCUGCUGCGGUGGCAGCACACGCCGGCAUGCCCCAUGCUAACACUAGUAUACCAGUGACGCCCACAUCAGCACAGCGUGACCCACCCAGGAAUAACAUGAACACUAAUGCCGAGCAAGAACAAGCUCAGAGACUGCAGCAGUCGACUAUAGUACCUCAGCCUCUGCCAAUGUGUAGCGUAAUGGCUACGCCGACAACGAUGACGGCGUACAACCAAAGCGGCAUGGUUCAGAUAGCACCUGGGUUUAGUACUCCACACCGUCCAUCACCGUAUCUCCAGUGCUACAGGCCAGCAGCAAUGCAAACACCAGCUGGACAGCACCUGUAUGUUUCUAUACCUACUCCAAACUCUUUAGUUAGCCAGUCAGCGCCAAGCAAUCCUAGCACUCAAAUUGAACCGCCCAUGCCGCAGUCAAGAAAACGGCCGUCUGAAGAUAGUUCUGCAUCCGACGACUCUUCGCCACCGAUGAAGGUAGCACGCUGCCCGGCGGAUUCGUGUGAUGUGUUUGACGUACAGCAGACACCGCAAAGGCCUGCCAUUGACCAAUGCAGCAGUCGUGUAACCGGCGACCGACUGGCACUGCUAGCUACGGCGUGUGAACUGGAGCGCAGGAAUUCAACGUUUAUGAAUAGUGACCAGAAUAGUGCCAGCAGCAGUGACUCGGAAAAUGAAGAUUAGUGUGUUUCACCAGAAACAGCGGGCACUUCUUUCUGCAACUCUGGUCUUUGACCUAUUCUUAAGUAUGCUACAGUGUGCUAAAGUGUGUUGAUCUCAGAUAAGUUUUCUACAUAACUGACUUCUCUCCCAAAAUGGUCCGAAUAUGCCGAUAGGCAUUAGGUAUGUGAAGUUUUGCCGAACAUAGGAAUAUGUCCAAACGUUAGUCCUGGCAACACAUGUUUGAUAUGCAAUAAUCUCAGUGAGCAGACUCUUUUGGUCUAGUCAGUUCUGCGAUGGGCAUUCUAAGUUGCUCUAAUUCAUUGUGACACUAGCGGAAUAUAAUACUGGUGUGUACAGUGCUGUGUUAGGCACUGAGAUUUAGGCUAGGCUUCUAAUUCCUAGCAUUGCUUUCCUAUCCCUAACAUGCAGGCACGUAUGCUGUGCUAACAAGGACUAGUCAUGUUGAACGUUGAUAUGACCGUAUUGAGUUGAUAUCAUAUUCUUCUAGGGCUGUAAAUACGCCUUUUUCUAUUUUAUUUUGGAACCGUGCACUACCAGUACCACUCCGUUGAUCUCUUCUAUUUGACUAGAAAAGGUCACUGACUUUUUUUUAUUUCUUACUUGUUAUAUAUUAUGAAAACCAGUUCAGCGCUUAUAAGCUCAAUAACUUGCUUGAAUAAUAACACUGCUGCAGAUUA